AUGACCGACCUGGGAAUCUACACCAAACCCCUAGCCUACCUAGGCCUCUUCACCCUAGGAAAAGCCGCCUUCUCCCUAACCCGCCAAGCAACAAACUUCCUCCUCCCCAGCACGCUCUGCAAACGCUACAACUCCACAAAAGCAAACUGGGCCCUCGUCACCGGCGCCACAGACGGAAUAGGGUUUGGCUUCAGUCAGGAGCUCUGCGCGCGCGGCUUCAACGUCAUCCUACACGGCCGGAACGUGGAGAAACUCGACCGUCGCCGCCGCGAACUACAGGCGCUGUUCCCCGCAGUCUCUGUUGCUGUUCUCGUGCGCGAUGCGCAGAAUCUGACUCCCGAUAUUGACGAUGUUGACGCGGAGGUGCGCGAGAUCAUUCAUAGCAGUAAUGCGGCGAUCGGUUCCCCGGGUGACCCUGGCAAGUUGACCGUUCUUAUUAAUAAUGUCGGUGGUGAGAUGAGACCAUCUACGCUCCUUAAGGAGUAUACCUUUGAGGAUGUGCAGGCGACCGUUUCGCGGAAUGCGACCUUCGCUAUUCAGAUUACCCGUGUGCUGGCGGAACAGCUGGAAGAGAAUGCGCCAGGUCUUGUUAUGAAUGUUUCUUCUGUUGCGGCGUUUGGAUUGCCGUAUAUCAGUGCUUAUAGCUCUACGAAGGGAUUUGUGGAUUCCUUUACGAAGUCGCUGCGCGCGGAGUUCGCCGCUGAAGGGAAGGAGGUUGAGGUUAUGGGGCUGCGGGUUGCCGAGGUCAAAACUGCUGGGUAUGAUGUGAAGAGUAGCUUGUUUGUCCCUGAGGCGAGAGUGCUGGCGGCUGCUGGCUUGGAUCGGGUUGGGUGUGGGCAAGAGAUUGUAUGGGCCUAUUUCUGGCAUUGGUUGCAGGGCUUGUCGUUUGAGUAUUUACCGCGCUGGAUGUUGAUGAAGAUUGCUGCGAUGAAGCUGAAGGCAAUCAGAGCUGAUCAGGGGGCCAAGGCGAAGAGCAGCUGA